AUGUACUUCAGAAAUAUAGCCUUUUUGUGCCCUCUCCUAUCCUUUGCAUUGGCUAGACCCGAGGCUGAACCCUUUGCGCACCCAGGCGCAUUGCACACGAAUGAAGACAUUCAAAGAAUAAGAGAAAAGGUCAAAACCGAAGCGCAACCAUGGUACCGCGCAUGGCAGCAUCUUGAGUCUGCUAAAUUGGCCCAGACGUCAUGGAUCUCAAAGCCGCAUGAGAUCCUAGUUCGCGGCACCAAUGCUACGUGGCAGCCAACCCCCGCACAGAACUACGGAGAUGCGUACCGUGAUGCUCACUCAGCUUAUCAACUCACGAUUCGUUGGCUUAUCGGUGGUAACACAUCAUAUGCCGACCACGCUGUUGAUAUUCUCAAUGGCUGGGGGUCAACACUACGUGAUAUCAACGGCACUGAAGACAAAUUCCUCGCGGCAGGCUUGUAUGGGUAUCAGUUUGCCAAUGCUGCUGAACUACUCCGAAUCUAUCCUGGUUGGACGAAGGGGAACCAAACAGUCUUCGCCACUAUGCUGAACAGUGUCUUUGCGAAAUAUAGCCUCGACUUCCUGGAGCAUCACAAUUACAAGUCGAACUUCUACUACGCAAAUUGGGAUUUGUGCAAUAUUGCCUCGCUGCAAGCAAUUGGUAUUUUUACUGAUAACAGAACCAUGUACAACUACGCCACGCACUACUGGCAGCAUGGCCUACCGAAUAGCAGUGUGGUAGUCAAUGGAGCACUGCCAUACUUCUCUGUUGCCAACUUUACUGAGGAGAGUUCUGGAAAACGACUCAUGGAGAUCCAAGAAUCGGGUCGUGAUCAAGGUCACUCAACAUUGUGUAUCGCUUUGCUUGGAGUGAUUGGACAACAAGGGUGGAACCAGGGCGAAGAUCUUUUCUCUACAUACCAACAUGAGAUACUCAAUGGGGCUGAAUAUGUCGCCAAAUACAAUACCAACAAUACUGUUCUUUAUACACCCUACACUAGCUGGGAAGGAUUGCUGAGUGUCGUGGCUGAAAAAGGCCGUUUCACUGUCCGGCCUGGGUACGAGGCUGUUGUGUCUCACUACUCAAGCGUCAAGCAUUUGGACAGCUCUUGGUCGAUGGAGUAUCGAGAUUAUGUCAACAGUAAUAUCAGUGGCAGUAUUGAGGGUGGCGGUGGUGAUUAUGGCCCCAAUUCUGGAGGGUACGAUGUGUUUGGCCAUGAUACCUUGCUUUACCGCAUUGAAUCUGGCGCAUAG